GUAUCAUCGAUUUUAUCAGAAGAGAUUUUCUGCUAAUAUCUCCCCAUCGCCCCGAUCAGGCUUUUGAAUUUUCGCAAGCUGCUUUCGAUGACUCUGAUCCCGAUAAUUACAAUCGUAUACAAUAAAAGAGAAUAAUUAGGCUACAGGGAGCGACAAGGUCGUUGUAUUAAUUCGGGACAUUGAUCAUCAUCAUCAUGAGCAGUUCAUCAGGUCAGUCAAGCUCGAUUUCAAGGCUGGAGGAGGACGUACAACCGAGCCCGAAAAGGCGGAAAAAUUCAUCAGCAAAAUCACGAGAAAAUCAAGAGAAUGGCUUCAACAGCAACAGCAACAGCGAACCAACACCCAGCCUUCCUACAACACGUCUAAAUGCUCCUACAACACAGGCUACUGACAAUCAUGGCAAUGGAGACAUCGUCUCGUCAACAUCAACCGCAACUACCACAACAGCAUCAAAAGAGCGAGAUACGGCAACGGAGACAACUCCAAAUACAGUGUCUGGGACUGAAGUUGUAAACGGCGCCGUUGUAACGAGAGCGGAAAAUUCGAACGAUGGGGCGGAGUCAAAGCCAGCCAAUGGGCAGGCAGAAGCGGAGACUACGGACCAAUCAGUGAGGAGGAAUCAAUUCGGGGAGGUGUCAGACGGUCACAUGUCGUUAGAGGAUUGGCUUGAGCAGUGGAGGAAAGGCAAAACUAGGUUCACCAUGAAGGUUCCGAACAGAAUGUUAGUGAAGCAUCACGGCAAGCUGGUGGAAGGGAAGACGAACCCGGUAUUCUUCUUACCUUGCUGCGGGAAAUCGCUCGACAUAAAAUGGUUAUCUGACAAGGGCUAUUCCGUGGUAGGUGUUGAGAUCGCUGAGAUGGCUUGCAGACAAUUUUUCGAUGGUCACGACAUAAAAUACGAAGAGGAAGACAUCAAAGAUGGACCACAGGGGAAACUCUUCAAGGGCAUUGAUUGUGAUAUACGACUUUAUUCCUGUGAUUUCUUCAGUGUGACGAGCGCCCUCAUUGGUCAGUUUGAUUGUAUCUGGGACCGAGGAUCCUAUGCAGCGAUGAAUCCAUCAGAUAGACAAAGGUACUGUGACGUCAUAUCAAAGUUACUCAAAGACGAUGGACGGUAUCUCCUGGACUGCUUUGAACUUGAACAUUCCGUUUUCGCUGGUCCCCCGCACACGACAGAUCCUAAAGACUUGGAGAGGUAUUUCGAUUCAUUUGAUGUUAAUCAGAUUGAGCACGUUGAUGCGAUGAACGACUGGACGCGAUCCUGGGGAGUUGAGUACUUCUACCAGAAUGACUUCAUCCUUACCCACAAAAAGAAAUAAUACUUCUAUGAGUGAAAAUUAUUUCCUCAAAGUUAAUGUUAUUCAAAACGAUAAGAUCCAUAAUGGAUUAAAAACAGUAUCGUACGGAGCCAAAAGUUUUGAGGGGGCGCAAUAUGGCAUAUCGGGCAAAGUUUAAAAAAAGUUGCGACCGAGCGAUGCAAGGAAGCAAAAAUGUAGACAUUUUUGUUACAAAUCAUAUUUUGUUAUAGCUUUUUACAUAUUCAGAAAAACUCUCGGGAUUUGUUUUGUGUGGGGGGGGGGGGGGCAAGCGCCACCAAGCACCCCCAUCUGUAAGAGACUGAUAAAAAAAAAGUUCCACAACCAUAUUACACACGAUAACCAACGACAUGGUCGCUGGACAAAAAAAAAAAAAUGUUUGUGAUUUUUUUUUUAUUUACGACGGCGGUGAUCAUUUUUGACAACCCAUCUCAUAGGUUGCAUACAAUUAGGCCAGGUGCCUGUAAUAAAAAUAUUCAUUUUGACUUACAACAUCUAUUUGUAGCUGGUAUCAUGUAACAAUUGUUUAUGUUGCUUAUUAUCUGAUUUAGAACAGAAAAUAGAUCUGACAUUAUUCAUUCACCGUGCAUGAUGGCUCAGUGGUAGAGCGCCCCCCUCAUGAACAGGAGGUCGUGGGUUCGAUCACUGGGCGAGUCAUACCAAAGACAUAUAAAAAUGUGACCUUCUGCCUUCUUAAUUGGCGCUCAGCAUUAAGAUUGGAGAAGGGUAAUAAUAAAUUAUGAUGAUGAUAUGAUAUUCAGGGCCCGCAGGUGGAGCAGUUUCCUAACCGAAGUGGCUACCCUAGGUAAAUAAAGCGCUUAUUAUUAUCAUUAUCAUUAUGAUAAUUCAUCUUCGUUGAGCGCUUAGUGGUCUCUCUCUCUCUCUUUCUCUUUCUCUCUCGAUUUGGGCAAUCAAAAUUGACAAUCAUAAUUAGCGGCAUCGCUUUUUUAUAAUGAUAUUUAGAAGUAAUGAAUACACUAAUUUAUAAUCAAAAUCAUCAUUUGGAUGUUUUAAAUUAUUAUUGGUUUCAGACUCGGGUUAGACGCCAUCCUCCGGUUCUUUUUUUUCUUCAAAUCGCUAUUUUGGUUUAUAUGAAUUUACUUAAUUAUUCACGUCAUAUUCGUUAAAAAAGACAAUCAUACACACUUUUCAUUCAUACUUCUGUCAUAUUUGCUUUCCAAAUGUUAAUCUACCCACAAAAGGUUUAAUAAUUUCAAGUAUUUUGUUUUAGAAUACCCGAGUAGUGUUAUCAUUAUCUGUUAUUUGUUUAUUUAUUCUACUAAUUAUGGAAGAUCGAUUCCGGUUUGACGGUUAAAAUAUAUAAAUGGAGGAAGUUUUCUACAUUUUGUUGAAAAUAUGGGAGUUGGGGAGCGGUAGUUUAAAAAAACAAACAAGAAGUUAAGAGACCAUGGUAAACGCAAUUACAAUGCAUAUUUCAUGUUCUUGCUUUCUCAGGGGCCGCGGGGGGGGGGGGGGCUGGGAGGGCUUCAGCCCCCCACUUUUUUCCAAAACCGUGUACAAAAACGUAGAAAUUACCAUAUAAUUGUGAUUUUUUGCAUGGUCAGCCCCCCCCCCACUUUGAAAACCGUUCCGCGGCCCUUGUUUCUAUAUAGUUCUGCAGCCAGAUUUUUAAAGAAUUUAUGAGGAUUAUUUUCACGUUCUUGUAUGGUGUGGCAUUAUUAUGAUAGCAAUGUACAUAAUUAUUGUUGAGGAUUCGCUACGAUUUCCAUGUAUUAUAUGUAUUUCUAUGUAUUUCUUAAGUUAAAAUAUGGUCAUGAUUCCUCAACCAUGACAAUUGUGUAUUAUGUAGCCUACCUAAUGUAUCUAUCCUAUACAUGCACAUGGAUAAUUAGUUGAUGUGAAUUGAAUGUUUGUUCUUUGUUUGAUACUAUUCGGUCUUAAAUAAAGGAUUAUAAAAUGGGUAAAAGACAUUUGCGAAACAAUGCCAUGUUUUGGAGUUAUAUAUUUUUCUAUAGUUCUGUCGUUUGAAACGACAAUACGUGUCAAUAAUGAUAACCUGAAUAUUUAGGUAAAUUUCCUGACUGUGUAUGAUAUAUGUGUAUUCACUUUUGCCAUAGAUCGACAUGGUUAAUUUGCUUGCACUGCCUUAUUAACUUGAAUGUAAUAUCUGUCAUUCGUUAUAAUCAUAAUUGUAUUUUUGUUGUAACGCCUUUCUUCCAAUUGACUUGUUUGAUGAAAUUGACAAUAAAAAGAUUUAUUCAAAAUAAUGA